UUUACAUAUAUCAACGAUAUUGAAACGUACACACUGGGCUUACUUGUAUCUUUAUAAAUAAAACUAAAAAUUUAAGGAGUGCAUUUUAUUCCCUGAUAUUUCAUUUGAAUGGAUAAUGUGAUAUGAAAAUCUUAUUUUAACCAUAGGCAGAAUCUAGUGGACAUGAUUUGAAGAUAUGUACUUACAAACCUGGUACACGUUCUCCUUUGUCUUGAGAAGACGAUUGCCGUCUUUUGCUAUGUUAGAUCUUUGCGUAUUGCCCAGAGGCAUAGUUUGUACAAUCCUGAAUCUAUGCUAUAUGACGAUGCUUGUGUACUAUUGAAUUCGGCAUAUAGUAGCCAUUUUGUUGUUGAUGAUGUUUAUCAAGAUAAUUAUAAUUUGUUUUGGAAAAUAUUUUAAACAUAAUUAAUUUUUCCACACGUAUAUUUAUCCUGAGUAAAACUUAAAUUUAGAUUAUGGCUAACCUCAGGGGAUUUUUUCAAGAAUCUGUGCUAAAUGAGGAAGUUUGCAUAUUGUUAUAAAGACACCCCGCGCCUUUGUUCUUGAGGAGAGUGAUUUAAAUAAAUUUGUUUUCUUUAUUCCUAUGCAAAUAUUUGGCUAGAUCUUUCCCCAUCCAUUGUAUGAAAGGAAGAUUAUGAAGAAGAAAAAUCAAAUAUAGUACAUUCCUAUAUACGAUUUCGGGUACUAUUUGUGAAAACAUGCAUUGUACGUGUAUUUGUAUAUAUCACAGAAUUUUUUCAUCCGCUAACUCAUUAAAUUAAAUAUCAUAAUCUAUUACGUACAUUAUACUGAAUUUUACUAAAAAUUUCAACAUUAGUAUACAAAACACUGGCACGGUAAAUAAUAAGUUUUGUUAAUGAUAACCAUUUCCAAAUAUUUACAUUUCCAAUGUUUUUGCCUUCGAUAUCUUUACCAAUUGUAAUGAUAGCCACUUUCUUGUGCUGUGAACAAUGCGCGUUUGAAUCUUGAUAUUAUAGUACUUCUAUUUUGUAUUGCUUAUAGGACUAAGGAUUUAUGAGAUUGACCACUGUUCAUUAUCUUCACCUUAAUUCAAUAUACUAUGGGGAAGUUGAAGUCCUUCCAGAUUGACUUUGACAAUGUACAAGGAGUGUUUGCUCCUGGACAAACUAUCACCGGAAGAGCAGUAGUUGACCUAGAAUCAGAAAUGAAAAUGAAGGAAAUUAGGGUAUCCUGUGUGGGGAAAGCGCAUGUGGGUUGGUCUGAGCACCAUGGAGGUGCAAAUGGUGGCCACACAGUACAUUACUGGGGUAACGAGCGCUACUUUGACAACACAGUACCAUUAUUUGGAAAAGGUUUGCAGGGUGGGGAUGAAUACAACCUGCCCCCUGGACAACAUGCUUUUCCUUUCUCGUUUAUCUUGCCUCCUAAUCUACCCUCUUCUUUCGAGGGAAAACAUGGAUAUGUGCGAUACAAAAUAAAAGGAACGAUAGACAGACCUUGGAGAUUUGAUGACCACACUGUUCGACCUUUCACCGUCUUACAAACUUUAGACCUUAAUCAAGAACCUUUAGCCAAUAAUAGUGGUGGAAACCAAAAUUCCAAAUUUCUCUGCUGUCUGUGCUGUAAAUCAGGUCCUAUUGAGGGAACAGUGACAGUUAAUCGAGUUGGGUAUGUUCCUGGAGAAUCCGUUUACUUUGAAGCCAGUGCCCAGAACAAUUCCAGACGUGUGUGUGGCAUGUUUGCGGAACUGGUAAUGGUUACGAGUUACCAUGCGCAAACCCCAAGAAAGACGCGGGAUAGAAAAGAUUUAAUAAACCGUAUUCAGCACCAAGAUUUGACUCCAGGUCACUCGGACGUGUGGAGUGGAGAGAGAUUUGUAAUCCCUCCUUUAGCACCAUCUUAUUUAGCAGGAUGCAACAUUAUCGAUAUCAAAUAUUUCGUGAAGUUGGUCAUUGAUCCCUCUGGACCGGCCUUUGAUCUAGAAGUUCCCGUUGAAAUCAUAAUUGGUACAAUUCCACUGCAGUCAGCGGUGCAGCAAUAUCAACAAAUGCACUCGGCAACCGCACCCUCCGUUCCACCAGCAAUGCCCACCCCAACCUACACCGAGUCUAUCUGGGGUCCAACCAACAUCAUAAAGGAUGAAGGCGGAGACCACACUCAGGGACAAAUGGAAUUUACCCCUACCUACUCAUACUACAAGUGGUCGUAGCUAGGAACUGGAGAUUACCAAACCAUGUCAAUACUAACGUGGCUGCCAUUUUCUUGUCUUUAAAAUGAUCGUUUACUCAGUGCAGUGUUUAGAGAAGAUCAAACGCUGGGAAAUUCUAAGAUGUAAUUAUAAGCUUAUCGUUAUACUGUUGUGUAAACAAUAUUCUGUUCAAAACAGCAGGCUCAAAGCCGAUACCAGCGAUCUCCGUAGUACUAAAUCUUACAGAGAGCAUUUAAUGCUUUAAUUCAAAUGUUUAUAAAAUAGUUCCUUUAACCAAUGUCUUAACACGUGUGAAGUAAGAUCUGUGAAAUAUCGAAAUGAUUACCUUAUUAGCAGCUACUGAUAUCAUAAAAAAUACCGCUAUACAAUCAUACACAACGAAUAUCAUAUACUCAUAUCUACAGUCAUGGAAGAUAUUGAUAAAUUUUUAUACUAAAUUUCUAGAGAAAAAAAUAUUUUGAGUUUAUAUUUUCAUAUCAAUACACGAAUUGAUACUAGCACGUGUAUAUUGUAGUGUUUGUAUUCCUCCAUACCUUUUGUACAUUGGACGGUUUACGAGAAUAAAUCAUCGCCAUCAUUAUAUUCACCUACGCAGUCUCCAGUAUUAGCUUUCAGGUUUAUAUUUCAGAUCUAUAAUUAAUCUCAUCUUCUGUCUUACGAACGAAUGAGGAUCCAGCAUUUCCAGUAUCUGUACUUUUUUCAACAUUCUGUGAUAUAUUUAUAGGACAAGUUAUCAAUUUGACAUAAAAGCAUAGGGGCGACUUCGAUGCCUGAGUUGCCUGGUUGGAGUAUUAUACAUGGGAGUAUUUACUACGUCGUGUACGAACAGUAUUACCUAAUCAUUGUCCAUACAACGUUUUACUAUAUUACACUGAAUACGAAUUGUAAAGCUGUAAAAUGGGACUGAUUAAACGUUUUUUC